AUGAUCUGGUACUUUCUCUAUCCAUUACGAGGGACCACAGAACCUCCGGACCUCGCACCGUCACAUUCCCUCCGCCGUGGCUUCGCUCGAUAUGGCCGAUAUGUCGCCGGCCAUGUCGUCACUGCUGUCUUCAUCUCGGCAACUGUAGCCACGAUUCUCAUCUACCCCAUCCCAUACCUAUUUACUAGCGAUUUUGUUAAUGGUGCCUCAUAUUUGCCUCAUCAUGCUUGGACUGUGGCCCAACCGCUCACAUAUGACGCCGCGGUAGAACCAGACAUAAUCAUGAGGUCUAUCUGGGUUCAUUCUAGCUACAUGGAAGCUCUUAAUGCUGACUUGCUCGCAUCAGCGUUGGAACUUCAGAACGAACUGCUAGGUGAGACCGAAAAUUUUAGUCCCCGAGACGCGCCAGACAAUCUGGCCAAGCACCAAGACGACGACCAACUCUCCCUGGCUCAGCGUGACGCCUUGCACAUUUCGAACGGCCUCACCAACCAGUCAUGGUUUUUUCAUUCGCCAUUGCUGUACUGGUAUAGCUCCCGAGACAGGUUGCUGGCAGACCAUGACAUCCUUUCCACCAUCAACGAUAGGAAAAACCAGUCCAACUUCUCCAAUACGACGCUACGUCACUCGGUUGUUUUCAGCGGCAAGCGCUUUGAAGAUCGUCGACUCGUUGCUGCUGAUGCUAUUGUUAUUACUCUUCUUUGCUUGGGGGACUCCCCCGUUGGCCAAGAAUGGGAAACGAAGGCUCUAUCCUUGCCCGAGAAAGUUUCUGACAAGUUUGACGUCUAUCCAUCUGAUGGAAGGUACGCGAGGAGUCAGUUGUACGAAUUCCAAUUUCGGCCCAUGUCGCCUCAAGAUAUCCUUAGCCUGGCGUUUGCGUACGGUUUUGCGGUGCUAUAUUUUCUCAUGAGCCUCUCAAAGCUGCGAGCAGUCAAAUCGAAAAUUGGACUCAUUGUAACGAUUAUUACUCAAGUAGCCCUCUCUAUCAUGUCGAGCUUCACAGUUUGCGCUAUAUUCAAUUUCGACUUGUCCCGCAUCCCACAGGCGGCAUAUCCUCUCGUUGUGCUGUCUAUGAGUUUGGAGAACAUCUUUCGACUCAUCAAUGCGGUCAUCCUAACUCCGUCGGAGGAUAGCACCAGUAAUAGAAUUGGCCACGCAUUUGGCCAAACUGCUCAUACUGCUCUGGCAAGUUCGCUGCAGAAUGUCUUGAUUCUCUUUGGCCUAUCGCGUGUGGUUUCACCAGGGGUAUCGGCGUUUUGCAUCUUUGCCGCUGUCGCAAUCGUUUUUGAUUUCUUUUAUCUUUCUACCUUCUUCUUGUCUGUCCUCAGUGUUGACGUAAGACGCAUGGAGUUAGGUGAUGCUCUUGCAAAGGCUGCUUUGCGACAAAGUAGACGCAAAUACCAAGGCAACGGCCGUGGCCCUUUGGCCGAUGGAUUCUUUCAAGGAAAAAUUGCUUGGUCAACCCGGAUCGCGGGGACCGUGAUCAUGAUUGGAUUCGUUAUUAUUGCUCAGUGGCAUUUCUUUGGCGAUGACAACAUGUUCCGCAAACUUUUGCGACUUUAUAGAGGCACUGAUAGUAACCUUCUCCGAACGCCAGAUUUGUCAGUGCUGAAAGGCCUACAUCAGGCUAGAAGCCAUACCUCAUGGUUGAGGAAUCAAGACCAUGAGACAGCCAAGGAAAUCAUUCGGCUGAUCAAACCUGGAGCCUACAGCUACGUGGCUAGGGUUUUUGAGCCCCUUGUUUUUGUUAAGCGAGACUCAGAUCGAACACCUCACAGUAAAGAACCUACACUGUUACCCGCCGCAUACGAUUUUAUUCAUCACCAGCUAUUACGCUUUAUUGUCAUAGUUGUUGUCAUCGUUGCAGCUCUUCGAUUGCUCAUGAACUAUCUUUUAUGGGGUGAGGAUGCUGAGCUGGCGAAUGGCGGGGAGCAAGAUGACACCCCUUUAGUCUCGAUAAAGUCUAUGGGAGGUGGCCAUGUUCUUGACGUCGCUUUACUGAGCAAGUCCAAAGCAGGGCAUAUCGUAUCCGUAGGCCUUGACAGAGUCAUCCGAGUUUGGAACAUUCGACGGGGAAGUAGUUACGUUAUUGCAGAUGGAAAUGAUGCCGAGCUGUGCCCGUUCCCCAUAUUGGGCAUGUCGAUUGGCGGUAACUCGACUUGGCUGGCGUUAUUAUCGACAUCCAGAGUAUCAUUCUGGAAUCUUGCGGAACAAAGAUGGGGCGAGUCUAUGCCUUUGGAAAACUGUUCGCAUCGGCCAGCCGCAAUGUUUUUCGACUCUACUCCUGAUACCGACAAGCCAACCAUCCAACUAGUGCACCACAACGGCACAAUGGUCCAAGUGACCGCUGGGACGCAGAUUCCUGAAAGCGGAAUUUCUAUCUGCCCUGAACCCCUGGCACUUGCUCGUUCCCUCACCAAGAAGUGCGAUUCUGGAGUGAUAACAUUCAUUGUCAUGGUCUCCAAAAAAGGACAUGUCUACAUUGGCAACCGACAAGAGUCAUCAUGGACCACCCAUCUUUUGGAUUUGAAAAUCUCAGAUGCUGGUGCAAUCUCCCAAAUCGUGCCAUUGUCUCCUCUCGGCGUGUUCGCACUGGCAGCAAGCGAUUGCGUCUACCUUGUCGAUGCCGAAGUGAGAGAGGUGCUGCGAACCCUCCUCACCGAGAGAAUGAUCUCUAGAUCUCUCCAAUGCACCUAUUCGGGUCAUGCUUCCAAGCCGGGCAUGUUGGGAUUAGCAUCUCUGACAUUGUGCUAUGUUAAAAGCGAGACGGGCGACUGCGUGUUGCAGGCCUAUGUUCCCGCAGAUGACUGCGAGGUAAUUCAUCUUCGGAGUCCCGAUAGCAAGAUGAAUGGUGAUGAGUGCAGUUUCGAGUCAGCAAAGGAAGUGAAAAAGCGGGUUAAGAAUCCGGGAACGUGGCAUUUGCUCUCGGAUGGUAGUGUAGUUGGCAUACGGCGAGCGAUCCAAACGUACAACAAGAUCAGCAACAUGAACUCAACAUUGCGACGAAGGCGAGCGACCGGGCAAAACAAUCAGUAUUCAUUUGCAAACUGGGAAGUAUGGGCAACUUCACCUUGCGAUAAACCAGACCUGGAAGAAAGCCGACCUCUCUUCGAACUAGGAGAUGAGUCAAGUCAUUUGGUGGUGUCAGAUUUAGGACCGAAAGUCUCUGUAGGUCUUCGAUCUGUUGCGUUUACAUUUGGCAAUGUUAUCAAGCUCGUGACGGCUGGUGCUCUAGAACAUUAUGAUGUUGAUCCCGAGAAUAACAGCUACGACGCGUUGAUGAAUACGUCAAGUCGGCGCCGCAAACCAGGACAAGCAGCAAGGAUAAGAGCAUCGAGCUGA